AAAAUAACUACAUAAAAUAGACGACACUCAGGACUUCAUUAGCACUUGGUAGAACAAGAAAGCCUCGCACUACAGCACACACGAGGGGCUCUGGCACGCUAGUACUACACCUAGCGAAUUGAUUACGCCGAAAUUAACCCUGCGGAUUGAAGAUCGCACUGUCCGCGGGGCGAGCACCCACAACCUCAUUACUGGUCAAGAUGACAACGUGAAGAUAGAAGAACAGGCAUGGACGCUGUACCAACGACUAGUGCGACCGUUGCCGGAUUUACACUUUUGUCUACAAAGCUUUUCGAUUUGAUUUGGGAUGCCUCCCUAUGGAAAAUUCCACCAACUACGGCAGAAACGCGAAUGCAUUCUAGAACAACGGGUUACCGGGAAGGUCUACGAUAUGCAAUCAGCUAGUAGACUUGGACAGCUCCUUGGUAGCGAAGGCUAUAGCGACCACUAAUAAUUCUACGAUAUUCAGAUAUACUGUAGGUACUGUAGGAUAGCUCGGCCAGCCGGCUGCUUCCCAAUCACAAUAAAUAGCGUUACUGACAACUGCUGCGACCCGGCCAAGUGGAAGUGGUGGUAUAUACCAUCUGACCAAUUCAUACCACAGUGCUAUCUAUAUCUGAUCAGCAAAGGAUAUUAUUAUUCCUAUUUUUUAUAGCGCAUGCACAGCAAAGCGAGCGUCCCUGCUGACCUUUGGCUGCCUCCUUACACGUGCUAUUCCGCUGCUCCGGACUUUCCCCUAAAGCACCGCCCAGCGAGCCGCUCCGGCAAGUGGAGCCCUACAGCCUCGGCCCGGGUUGUCACGGCAUCUCUUAAAGGUGCUGCCCGGAAACGUUGAAUUGGAUUUCAUUUUCGUUGGGAAACAAAAAAGUCGCAGCAUUCAACAGCACAGCACAACUUGAUCCUUCAUCAAUCAAUUUGAAUAAUCCACCAUAGCCGCCCGCUACCGUCCACCAUGACCGCCGUCACAAAGCCCGCGCGCGAGUCGCUAACCGUCAUCGACAACCGCACCGGCAAAUCCUACGAACUGCCCAUCAAGCACAACUCCAUUCUCGCCACAGACAUCAAGAAGAUCAAUGCCCAGCCCCAGCCAAACGAUCGCGCCGAGGAUGAAACCACACAGGGCCUCCGCAUCUUCGACCCCGCGUACAUGAACACCGCCGUUGUCGAGAGCAAAAUCACAUACAUCAAUGGCCAGGAUGGCAUCCUCCGAUACCGCGGAUACCCCAUUGAGCAGCUUGUCGGCAAGAGCAACUUUCUCGAGUCGGCCUAUCUGCUCAUCUAUGGCGAGCUGCCCACCUCGUCCCAGUUCACUAACUGGCAGGACGAGGUCAUGCACCACACCUACAUCCACAGCGACAUUGAGGGCAUGUUCAAGUCCUUCCGCUACGACUCCCACCCGAUGUCCAUGAUGACCUCUGCUUUUGCUACUCUCGGUGCCUUUGCCCCCGAGGCCAACCCCUCGCUGCGGGGCCAGAAGCUCUACACUGAUGCGGCCUCUGGAAACGUGGCUGCUCUCCAAAACCUCGAUAAGCAGAUUCUCCGCAUCAUCGGUAAGGCUCCCACGCUCGCCGCCGCCUCGUACCGUAUGCGCCAGGGUCGCCCAUUCAACAGACCAGCCCAGGGCUUGUCGUACACUGGCAACUUCCUAUACCUCCUCGACAACCUCUCCGGUACCAACUACCGCCCACACCCCGUCCUCGAAAAGGCUCUCGAUGCCCUCUUCAUUAUCCACGCCGACCACGAAGUCAACUGCUCGACCGCCACAGUCCUCCAAGUCGGCAGCUCCCUCGUCGACCCUUACAGCGCAGUUGCUGCUGGUUGCGCCGCGCUCUACGGCCCCUCUCACGGCGGUGCUUCUGAGAGUGCCAUUCGCAUGCUUAUGGAGAUUGGCUCUCCCGAAAACGUGCCUGCUUUCAUGAAGAAGGUGGAGAAGCGUGAGCGCGUGCUUGUUGGUUUCGGCCACCGCGUGUACAAGAAUGUCGACCCGCGAUCCAAGGCUAUCCGCCAACUGGCCGAAGAGGUGUUUGAAGUCACAGGCCGCAACAAGUUGCUCGAUACCGCCCUUGCCCUUGCCAAGCUGGCCAGCGAGAGCGAAUUCAUGCGUAGCCGCAACCUGUACCCCAACGUCGACUUUUACUCUGGCCUCAUCUACCAGGCCAUGGGUUUCCCUCUAGACUUCUACCCCGUCUUGUUUGCUGUCCCCCGCUGUGUCGGAUGGCUCGCUCACUGGCGCCAGCAGAUGCUCCAGGCUGGUGGUGUCAAGAUUUGGCGUCCUCGCCAGCUAUACCUCGGUGAGGGUGAGAGACAAUACGUACGUCUCAACGAACGACAGGCCAAGGAAUCCGACAAGUUUGGCUCCGCUGUUCAAGUCACCCAUGGUGGCGACAGCAAAAGAAACCGAUUGGCGACAUACCGUGACGAAAAGGGCGAUACGCUGCGCCCAAAGUUGUAAGCAAAGGUCCAAUGUUAUGCCGGUAGUCUCUUCGGGUAAAUGUUAUAGUAGCAAAAUAUGUUUUAAUAGAUGACCAUCCAUUUCAAACCAGCUGCAUGCAACCAUCCCACAGCUGCACUUGAUAAAAGCCUGCUCCUGUAUAGUGAAUUGGUCUGGACCGCCAUUGAUCGGCCCAUCAACAAAGGUGUAAUCUCGUCGUAUAUGCGGGAAUUCGCGCCAAGGUUUCCGAGCUGAAAUCUGCAAGCCUGGAUUCCCGCAAUGUAACCAAACUUGCCGCGCCGCUAGUGCACGCUUACUUUUCAGCUCCAGCGGAACAGCCCCG